CCUCUGAGGGCAGCAUGGUGGGCAGCAUGGUUCACACAUGGACAUCUGGGGUUCCUGGGCCCCUGAGGCUCUGGGCCACCUGCAGCAUCCUGCUGCUCACUGCUGCUCCUGGGGGGACCCAGCGCAGCCACAAGAAAGUGGUGCACGUGCUUGAGGGCGAGUCGGGCUCUGUGGUGGUGCAGACGGCACCGGGCCAGGUGGUCAGCCACCGCGGAGGCACCAUCGUACUGCCCUGCCACUUCCACUCGGCGGCCGGCACCCCCGCACCCCCUGGCCCCGGCCCUGGUGUGCGCCUCAAGUGGGCCAAGCUGCUGGAGCCCCUGGCCUUCGCGGCCGUGCUGGUGGCGCUGGGUUCUGAGCAGCGCGCCUUCGGGCCCUACCGAGGCCGGGCCUGGCUGCGGGCCGCGGGCCCUGGGGACGCCUCCCUCGUGCUGCACAACGUGACACUGGGAGACCUGGGCCGCUACGAGUGCCAGGUGACGGCCGAGCUGGACGAUGACACGGGCACCGUCAUGCUGGAGCUGGAAGGCGUGGUGUUCCCCUACCGGCCUCGCGGCGGGCGCUACCGGCUGACCCUGGCGGAGGCUCGGCGGGCGUGCGCGGAGCAGGACGCGGUGCUGGCUUCGGCCGAGCAGCUGCAGGCGGCCUGGCAGGACGGGCUGGACUGGUGCGCGGCUGGCUGGCUGCGGGAUGGCUCAGUGCGCUACCCCGUGGGGCUGCCGAGGGGGCCGUGCGGGGGCUCCGGCGCGGGCAUGGGCGUGCGCUCCUACGGGCUGCGGCACGACGGCGAGCGCUACGACGCCUUCUGCUUCACCUCCAGCCUGCCCGGCCGUGUGUUCUUUCUGAAGCCGCUGCGGCCGCUGGCCUGGGCGGGGGCGCUGCGGGCGUGCGCGGCGCGGGGCGCGGCGGUGGCCAAGGUGGGGCAGCUGUUCUCGGCCUGGCGGCUGCAGCUGCUGGACCACUGUGCGGCCGGGUGGCUGGCGGACGGCAGUGCCCGGUACCCCAUCGUCACCCCGCGGGCGCGCUGCGGGGGCCCCCGGCCCGGGGUGCGCUCCCUGGGCUUCCCGGAUCCCGCGCGCCCGCUGCCUGGCGUCUACUGCUACCGGGGCCCCGGGGGCCGGGAUCCCGCGCCGGGCGGCUGGGGCUGGGGCUGGGCGGGGGGCGGCGGCUGGGCGGGGGGCUCAAGGGACCCCCAGGCCUGGGUCCCACUGCGCGUGUAGACCGCGGCUCAUUGUCAGAGCCCCCAAGACAGGGCGCCCCAGCCAGCUCUCCCAGACCCCCGUUCCUGCUGAGCUGCCCCCACUGUCCCAGGGCGCCCAACAGCAGGUACGCCCCGCCCCGGGUCCCUUCACCUGGAUUCCCCUCCCCGGCAGUGUCCCCUGCCCUCUCACCCUUGGUGCAGCCCCCCCUGCGGCUGUGGGGGCUCGGGGUCCCAGCAGGCCGGUCCAUCCCAGCCGACCCCCUCCAUGGAGACAGAGCCGGUCUCACCCACCUCUGCUGGCUGCCCCUCAUCUCAUGACAGGAUCGGCCCCCCA